UUUCGAAUUCAUGAAUGACUUUCAUUAAGUGCCGCUGUAAGUUGAGCUUUGCCAUGCGCUGACCUAUAUUUUGUAGGCCUCUCUCAAAUCGCGGAUUUUGUGAAUAUUUGUAAAACGAUCCAUCAGGGUUAAUAAUAAUCCAUAUAUAAGCAUAAACAACCACCAGCCAAGGGCUGUGUAAUUGAUAUUUUCUCACGCUCCAUGAUGUCACGCAGUAAAGGUGUAAGGUAAAAGGUUUACAAUUACAGACCCAAAGUACUUGUUAAAUGCCACCCAUUCAUGCAGAAGAGCAGAGAGUCCAAAUCUAUUGGAGAGAGUUAACAGUGAGAGCGGUGUUUCUCUGAGCGACCUAAGAGUAACUGUUAAUAUUCGCUCGCUUAUCAUUCAAUAUUUUGCCACCCUUUAAAGUUGAGCGCUUUUUGCGUUGUGGGGGAAUUCAAAAUUUUAUUGUAUUUUUAUGGGUCAAAUUAAAAGGGGGAAUGACUAAUUACGAAUCCAAUGUUGGGAAGUUGUAACAAUGAUAAGGAAGAUAUUCUAAUAAGGGAUCUAAAUAUUCACAUUUUAUUCACCUUAAAUAAAAAAACACAUAAAAAACAUUUUAAGAGUCACAGAAGUUAUAAAACCUCAAAAAUAGUUGAAAAAAGGUAAACCAAGAACGUUGACCUUGUAAAAUGAUAUUUCAUUACUUGGAACUCAAAAAUGUUUCUUCAAAAAUCCCCCAUCCCUUUUACAAAAAGCCGGCUACUGCGCCACUGACCCUAAAUAAUAACAACCAGUCUGUGCAAACUCGGCGAGUAUGUGCUCUUUGGAGUGGUAAACAACAUCAAUCAAAAGUCGUACAAAAUAUUGCGUGUGCUCUCGCUCAAUCUCUAAUACUCUCUGAGAUUGCCAGUGUAGUUCUCUCUCGAUUAAGAAAAAUACCAACACACAGACUCUGGGUAACAUGAGCUUUACUACGAUUACUAUGUACGCUGAGCUGACUCUUCUCUCACGGCUUUUUGGACUGGACAAGGCGUAGCAUAUUGAACGCUUUUGGGUUUGGGCUCAGUAUCGAACCGGCUUUCUACGACAGCGGAUUGGAAUCGCGGAGCGACAAAGUCGCCGGGCAAUAAUGUGAUAUAGCCGGCUGCCCACCAGGCUAAGCAGAAAACAAAAAAAUAAAAGUUAAAACAAAAAACCCCAAUUCUCGAAUCUUUUAUGGGGCAGUGAGAAGAAUAACGAGAGAAAUACAAAUUUUCUUACCUAACCGCGUGAGAUAAUCUCAGGCUGGCAUUGUGUCCCCUGAAUUAAAGCCCAAAGCUUCAAAGUGUUAAGCAUAAUAAAAAGAAGAAGAGGAAGCGUGUUUGCUUUUAGGCAAAUUCAAGUUGAAUUACGUGUGCCGAAAAAAAUAAUAGACUGAAGGCCAUUCAAGGGUUGGUCAAAAAGGAAAAUUCGGUGAAAAGUCACGGUGUGUGUGUGUGUGUGCGUUGCGUGAGAAAAAUCAAUUCUGCAUUUGGUGGAAAACCAAAGCAAAGGCAAAGAGGAGAGUAACUCAGGAAAAAAGGACAAACCUAAAGGCUGGUUUUUAGGGCUGAGGAAAACUCGUAACCGAUGACAAUUUGGCUUGACGAGGGUCUAUUAGCGAAAUCAAUGCCAUUAUGGCUGAUAGUGGAGGACCAGGAUCCAAGCACAAGGAUCCAACAAGCAUAGAUGCCGGCGGGGGAGGAGAAGGACACGAUGACGUGCCUCCGGUUCCAGCUGUUCGUCGACGUCGUGCGCAUGAGCAGAAAUCCUCGAGAGAGCAGGUGGAGGAGGAGGAGGUUCGGGGUCAGGAGAGCCAACAGCUGGAGACAUCGACGGUGACGAGGACUUAUAUGAAGACCAUUACCACCUCCCUGACCACCUCGAGUAGCUCCAAUGUGGAGGAGUUUGUCCUGGAGCAACCGAGUGCUCCAUCGCCCAAUCAGCAGAGAUUGCGUCAAAAGGUGGCCCAUUACGAAAAGGUCUGGUCGGAUGGCUCUAAUCCCGUGAAGCGACCAGCAGAGCAGAGUUCUGAUGAGCUUCGAUUAGUUGAUGACCAGGAUGAGUACGAUGCCGAGAAUCCCUUCGAGAUAGAUGUUCAUGAGAUUGAGCGAAGACUACGGCAGGAAAGGCAACGUGGCCUGGCAGAGGCGGAGGCUGCCAAGCUGGCCUUCCAGCAGGUUCAACUCCGGCACACAACGCCUCCUCGUCGUGUAGAGGUGACCAGUGAUCAGGUAGCGAGUCCUUUCAACGUGACUCUUCGCACAACCAGUCGCAUGAGUCCUGGAGCAGAUCACGGCAAUGUCGAGGAACAUCUCGCCCCAUUUAAUGUGACCCUCAGAACCACUCGUAGAACCAAGAAAAAGGAAAUCAAGGAGCUAGAAAGCUUCCUCGAAGGAGAACGAACUGUAAGGGAGGUACCCUCGGCGGACGGAGUGAGGACCAUCAUCACCUCCUCGAUGACCAGCGAUGGCGGCUACACCGAGGAGAAGAUCUAUCGGCACGGCGAGGGCUAUGUAUCGCCCAGGGACUCACCAUCCUGGUCGCGUUCAAGUUACUCCAGUGAGCGAUCCAGUGUGACGCCACCGAGGAGCGUGGAUCUAACCGCCGGCGGACGAAGGAUUCUAAUCAAACUGGAGCAGGAAAGUGAACUAACCGAGGCGGAUAGCCAGACGAGGGACGAAACCGACCUGUCGUUUGGUCGGCAGGAAGUGGCCAUGGCAACCGGCAACAUUGACAUUACCGUCGGCGGUAGCAACCCCCGCCGGCGUUUGUACCAGCAAACAACUGUCCAGGUGGGUGGCGGCAACCAUACCACCCCAAGCGAGUUAACACCCCAAAGGCCCAGGGACUUAGACCUGGCCGGCACCACGAAGACAAUGCUAACAUCCACGCCAAUUGGCACGAAGGAGCAACCGCAAACGGGUCCGAAAACUCAAGUUAGUCCAGCUGCAACGUGCCAAUUGCGUGGUUCUUCGACGGAAGAGCCCCGGAAAAUUGUAAGCCACAAAACGAUAACCAGCACAACGACCAAGUCCGCAUCAUCCUUAUCCUCCUCCUCGUCCUUGUCCACGUCGCGCAAAGUAAUCGAAACGUCGCCGAUUGUCGGGAAUAUCUCGCAGAUACGUACCGUUAAAUCCAACGCCAGUGACAACGACAUCGACAUCGAUAACGAUUCGGACACGGAGGGCAGACCUGCCAGCAGUAUAGUGAUUGUGUCCACGCCCACGCGCCCCACCACACCGGCAUCCGCGUCCGCAUUUGUAUCCGCAUCUGUGACCCCAUCCGCAUCCAUAUCCGCGACAGCUGCUCACGCCCUCAGUGGCAUCGGCACUUUCAGCAAGAGUCUGCGCCAGGAUUAUCAGACUCUGGCAACGCAAAGUGGCCGCAGCAACGAAUCACCCAGUGAACAGGAAUACCAGGAGUUCCAGUCCACUAUGGCGUCUAUUAACUACGCCCGCAGCAAUUCCCAGUACGAUAGCCAUAUCAAGGAGAAACGAGAGGAGCAAGAACGUGUGCAGAAGAAGACAUUCACUAAUUGGAUUAAUUCAUACCUAUUGAAGCGUGUUCCACCGCUUCGUAUCGAUGACUUAAUCAAUGACUUACGCGAUGGUACUAAACUAAUUGCAUUGCUUGAAGUUCUGUCCGGGGAACGUUUGCCCGUGGAGAAGGGCCGCGUCCUGAGACGUCCACAUUUCCUUAGCAAUGCGAAUACGGCUUUGCAAUUUCUGGCCAGCAAACGGAUCAAGUUGGUCAAUAUUAAUCCCGCAGAUCUGGUGGAUGGGAGACCACCAGUUGUGUUGGGUUUGAUAUGGACGAUCAUCUUGUACUUCCAGAUCGAGGAGAACAGCCGAAACCUAGAGUAUUUGGGUCAUGGUAUUGGCGGUUCGGUUAGUUCCCUCGACAGUGUUGGCAACCAGAAGCACGGCGACCUUAAGGCUGAGAAAUGGAAGCAGGGUGCCAGGAAGACCCUGCUCAACUGGGUUACCAACGCCUUGCCAAAGGACAGUGGUGUGGAGGUUAAGGAUUUCGGCGCCAGCUGGAGAGAUGGCGUUGCUUUCCUGGCCCUCAUUGAUGCCAUCAAGGCAAAUCUGGUCAACUUGGCUGAGCUAAAGAAGACCAGCAACCGUCAGCGCUUGGAGACUGCUUUCGAUGUGGCCGAAAGCAAAUUGGGCAUUGCCAAGCUCCUGGACGCUGAGGAUGUGGAUGUACCCAAACCGGACGAGAAGAGUAUCAUGACUUAUGUGGCGCAAUUUUUGCACAAGUAUCCCGAACCAAAGGGUGCUUCCCGCGACCAAUCGCAUGCGCAACAGGAGGCGGACGAGCUGCGUCGUUUCCUGGUGGAGAAGACCACUGAGUACGAGCCCAUGGUCAUGAUGAGCUCGUUCCCACGCGAUUUUAGUGAAUACUUAUUGGCACGUUCUGAAGUCGAUGCCCAUCUGGCGGCCUAUAACCGCUUGAAACAGCUUAUUGAGAGCCAAAGCGGAUUCCUGCAGGUCUCCCGCCAAUCUUGGGAGGAGAUUAACGAGCUGUGGCAGCGCCUCCAGUACCAGAUGAUGUACUGGCUCUGGCUACUGGACUCUGAGCUGCCCGGUGACUUUGGCACCGUUGGCAAAUGGUUAGCCGAAGCAGAGAAACUAUUGUUGGACAACGAUAUACCCAAUGCUAUGAAUGAGGAGACGGCCGCUGUGAUUAGCAGGAAGCUGGAGGAGCACAAGCUGUUCUUCGCCGAUCUGCCACGCAUUUUGGCCAUGUUUGAUAAUGCCAAACGGUCUCCGUUGGCACAGCAGAUACCCCUGGAGCAAUUGCGUAAUAUGGAACGCCGUCUUCAGGAAGUCGGACCCAAGGCAGCGGAGCGAAGGAUUCGUUUGAAGUUCCUUGAGCACAAGUGUUGUCUGAUUGCCUUCCUUAAUCUUGUGGAGAACAAGAUGCGUGGCUGGACAGGAAAGUAUGGUCAUGAGGAGAAGGUGGCUCAGCAGCUGGAGCAAUACAAAAACUUUGUGUCCCGCAACAAGAUCUUCCAGGAGUUCCAGAAGGCCUUCGUUGAUAUGCAACAGGUGGUGGAGGAGUACAAGCGGGAUGGUAAUGUCCCACGCAAGGAAAUCAACGAAAUUGAUAGGUUUAUGUACGAAACCGAAGAGCGUUGGAAGCGCGUUUCCAUGGAACUGAAGUGCUGUCAGAACUCCUUGGAGGAAGUGGUCAACUGCUGGCGUAGCUGGAACCAACUGGCUCCCUCUUGCGAGGAGUGGCUGCUGCUGGCCGAGCAGAAGGUGAACCAGAGCGAGGAUGAACGUCUGGACUUCUUCCAGGAUAUACCCGUGUGGAAGGAUAAGUUUGAUGCUCUGGCCAGUUCUGCUAAUUAUCUGAUUGCCUCCUGUGAGGAACCCAUUGCCCAGCAGUUGCGGCAACGUCAUGGCGCACUCUCGGAGCGAUUUGAGCGUUUGUUUGCCAACACCAAGCAGUAUAUGCAUGCUGGUGACAUUAUCCGUUCGCGACAGGAGUACAAGUCGGGCAUAGAGCAGCUAUCCAGAUGGCUUAGAGGAGCUGAAAGCGUUCUGGACCAGAGACAAGUCCUGGGCAACAGUGAACAAAUCAAGCUGUAUGGCCAGCAGCUGCAGCAAUUGGCCAGCGAAAUCGAUGACAAUGAGGAGCUGUUUAAGACAAUCAGCAGGAACUUCCAAUCCCUGAUACAGGACCUUUCCCGCGACGAAGUGGACAAGAUGAUGAAGCUGCUGAAGCAAGAAAAGGAAUCUUUGGUGCGCAUACGCGCCCAGUUGCCUGCUAAGCUGCAUCUCUUCCAUCAACUUCAGAUUCAACAGGAAUCUCUGGAGGCUGGUCAAAAGGAGAUCCAUCAGUGGUUGAGUGAGGCUGAGCAGCUUUUGGGAACCCAUAACUUAUCAGGUGGACGUGAUGCCAUCAAUGAGCAACUGCAGAAGCACAAGACCUACUUCUCACGAACUGUCUACUACAGGUCCAUGCUGGAGAGCAAGAACAAGGUGUUCCAGAAUCUUCUAAAGGCUGUAUCUGCGGAUGACAAGAUCGACACUGCUCCUGCCUCGCAGCAAAUGCAGCAGCUGAAUGAACGCUUUAACUAUGUGAUUCAGAAUGCCCAGCAAUGGGAGCAGCGCUUGGAUUCGGCUGCUGGUGGAUGGAGCAACUUCAAGGACAACGAACGUUUGGUUAGUGAAUGGCUCACCCAGGCGGAAUCCAUGCUGGUGGAGAAGCACAUCGAAUCGAAGACCACAAUCGAAACGCAGAAGUACUUCUUUGAGCAGGUCAACGAUCGCUGGAUGAACAAUCUGGUGGAGUCCGCUCAACAUCUUCUAUCCACUCUGCCCGCUCAGGAGCAACCGGCUGUGGUGAAUAGUGUAGAGCAAUUACAAUCUCGCUGGAAGAAUGUGCUUUCCCAGGCUCCUUUGCAUCUACUGAAACUGGAAUUCAGACUGGAUGAGAAUGCGUUCUAUCAAUCCUUGAAGGAUGUGGAGAAGGAGUUGCAGCUGGAGCAGCAGGCCCUGAAUCGCAACGAGGAUGUGGACUCCAUUUUGCAGCGCAACCAGCAGUUCCUUCUCCAGCAGGAUACAGUUCCUCGCCUAGAACGUUGCUUGCAAAACAUGCAACGUUUGGCUAAUGCCCAUAGGCAACAGCAGCCCGGUGAUAUAAGCUUGGACCAGGCCUAUGAUAAUGCCAAGUCCCAGUGGCAACUGUUGUCCAACAAACUGGGCGACAUGCGACAGACCCUUCAGCAGAUCCCGGCCCAAUGGCAGGGAUAUCAUCUGAAAUUCAACGACAUGGUGGAUUGGAUGAACGGAGUGGAUCAGAGCUUGAAGAAUAUCGUAAAUGAAGUGAAUACCAUGGAGGAAUUCGAGAAGGAGAAGGUUGUCUUCCAGAAAAUCUGCCAAGAUGCUGACAAUAAACGCGAGGAUAUGAAAUGGCUGGUAAAGACCUUGGAUUCCCUGCUUAGCUACGCCACCGAAGACGAAGCUAAUCUUGAGCAGAAGAAGCUGGAGGAUCUGAUUGCUCGCUACAAGAACCUUAUCCCGACGAUUGAGAUCACCAUGGUCAAAACAGAAGUCUUCUCAAAGUGUUACACUUACCGACGUGAAGUUCACGAGGUCGUUUGCCUGUUGAACAAGGUCAAGGAUGAGACAGCCAAUAUACCAGCUCCCGACAGUCUGGAGCGUGUGAAUCACCUCAUUGAAGACCAGCAGUAUGCCGUCAAUCAGCUGGAUCACCAGCGUCCGCACAUCAUGUCUAUGCUACAAAGAGGACGUGAUCUUAUCAAGGAUGUGCACGCCCCGGCCUUUGUUAACAGUGAGGUCAAGAAUCUGGAAACUGGAUGGAAUGAGGCGUACACUAAGACCACUGACAAGCUGCAGGCCCUGAAGGGCACCCAGGCUGUAUGGAGCGAAUUCGUUGACCAAAAGAACGACAUCUUCUCCAUGUUGCAAACUGCGGAAACGGAGCUUCGUUCCUUGACUCCAUUGCAAACCGACCCGAAGAACGUUAGCCAGGAUCUGAAGUCGAAGAGAGAUCUUAAUGUGCAACUGCAACAGGCUUCCCAUCAACUUUUGCCUAAGUUGCAUGCUCUCAAAUCAGAAUUGGCUCCUCUGGCUGCUCCCGACAAGCGUCCUAUUCUGGAGAAAGAGGUGACCGAGGUGGAGAAGAUGUUCUUUAACACCAUGGAGCAUGUCAAGGAUCGCGUCGGCUAUCUGGAAGACUACAGUGCCAAAUGGAACAACUAUAAGACUCGUCUGGCUGAACUUCAGGAGUGGGCCAACAAGGUUGCUCCCAAGAACAUCGAAGCCCUUCAGUCCGAGGAUCUGACACCGGAGGAGCGUGUAGUCAAGGUUCAGGCCUUCAAGCGUAUCCUUGGGGAUCGCAUGAAGCAACUGGAUCUCUUGGCCGCCGAUGCCUCCGAGCUGGCCCCCAAGGAGGGCAACAUUGCCGAGGCCAAGCGACUUAAGGGAGAGAUCACCAAGCUGCAGGAGGUUCUCAGUGCCAUCAAUCGCAACGUGGACCAUCAGGCACAGGCUGUGCAGGAGGAUCUUAUCAACUGGCAGCAGUUCCAGGCCGGUCUGCAACAAAUUAAGCCAGCCGUGGAGCAAAGCGAAGUCAAGGUAAAUAAUGUAGUUUCUAAGCCCAUCUCCCUCGAAGAAGCCGUUGCCAUGCAACAGAAUGCCCAACAAUUCGAGACACAGUGCCAGGAGCAAUUGGACAAGCUCCAUGGCAUAUCAAACAUCAGUCAUAAAAUGUUAUGUAAGACCAAUGCACCCGACGAGUUGGACGCCAUGCAUUCCCGUUGGACGGCUGUCCACGAGAAUGCCAAGCAGGCGAGUGCCAAGCUCGAGAAGUUGGUGGCUAAUUGGAAGUCAUUCGACGCCGAUGCCGCCAAGCUCGAGGAUUGGGUUGGACAGGGUGAGCAGCUAAUGUCCCAUCGUCCAGCAGUUCUCAAUACCCCACACAUUGACAAGCUCGAAAAGGAGCUGGUCAAGCUGAAGUCCUUCAACAACGAGAUCUCACAGCAGCAGGCAAAGCUCGUUACUCUGGGACAGAAUGCAGAUCAGAUUAGCUUGCACUUGGCUCCUGAAGGAGCAGCGGCUUUGAAGGAUCGUGUUAACCAAAUGAAGGGAAAACUGCAGAAGCUCUCGGAAGCCACUCGCGGUCACAUCAACGAAGUUUCCGAUGCCAUCAUUUCGCGGCAGGACUUCAAUGCCAAAUUGGUUAACUUUUCGAACUGGAUGGAGCAGCUGCGUAACCAGGUCACGCAAGUGGAAGAGAUUAACCCAGAACGUGUGGAAACUAGUCUUCAUGUCAUUCACGCCUUACUGCAAGAGCAUGCUGAUAAGAAGCCCAGCUUUAAUGCCAUCUACGAUGAGGUUAAGCAAUUGGCUUUGGGAGCCACUCCCGAGGAGUCAAAUGCUCUGAAUGAUGCCUACACCGCUUUGGUGGUGAACUAUCAAAACCUGGAGACCAACAUGCUGCAGAAGAAGGCAGCUUUGGAGAAGUGGACCGAACUGCUGGGCUGGAAGAAUGACACCGAAUCGCAUUUGAAUUACCUGAAACAUCAGCUAGAUAAACCAGAAGGACCCGCUGCCGAGGAACUGUCCAAGGUGAUCGAUGAUAUCGACAACUUAGGUCAGGGUAUUGGUUACUGGAAGGGUCAGGCCAAGGAGAUCGAUGAAAAUCCAGCCAUCCAGCUGAGAGAUGCCUUGUCUCGUCGUCCACUGAUCGCCACCCAAAUUGUGAAUGAUGUUGAGAACAAAUUGGAGAAUCUGAAGCUGCGCUCGCAGAGCCAACAGCAGCAGAUUCAGCAGAUGACCGUGCGCAAGGACAACUUCCAUGCUCUGGAACAUAACUUUGGACAGGCUCUGCAAGAGAAUCGUGCCAAGCUGGAUGAGAUUCUCAGACAGCAUCCAACUUUGAACAACAUCGAUCAGAUCAUUGCUGAUUUGGUGGCUCUGAAUGAUGCCUUGAAAUAUCAGGCCGAUCUGAAGGAUCGCAUCCAUGACGAAGGUUCUUUGCUGAUGCGUGAGGAUAUUGCUAGCAUGCCUGCCAUCCAGGAGAGCCUUCUGAUUAUGGAUAAGAACUAUGAUUCCCUGCAGAACGAGAUUGCCGAGCGCAUUCAGAAGUACAAUCUGAUCAGUCAAGCUUUGAGGGAGUAUGCCGACUCCAAGGAUAAGUUCUCCAAGGAGCUUAAGAAGGCAGAAGAUCUGUUCAAUGCCAUACCACAGCAGCCACGUGAUGAGACUGAACUCCAUCUGGCUUCUGACAAAACAAGAAAGACCUUGGAGCAGUUGCGCAAAUCCAAGCUAAGUUUGGAUGAGCUAGAGCGUAGGGGCAGCAAUGUGGGCAAACUUUUCAGUGCCAUUGGAGAACCAAUUCCUGAGGAAGUGCCACAGGAGGUGACUGCUGCCAAGCAACACUGGCAGGAUCUCCAUGAUAAGACAGCCAAAAACGCUCAUGUCUACGAAACGGAAGCUGUGAUUUGGUCUCAGAUCGAGGAUGCCAAGAAAGAUCUGUUGCCUUGGUUAUCAGAAACCAAUCAAGGACUCUGCGAUGCUGCCGAUAACUCUAUUGAAAUUGAGUUUGGCCCCAUGCGCUUAAGCAAAUAUCGUACAGAGUUGCCUUCCUAUCAGGCCCUAAAGGAUUCCAUUGUAGAAAAAACCAAUGAGUUGGUUAAGAUCAACAAGGGUGCCGAGAUUCCAGCUCUGUCUGCUUUGAAUAAACUCUUGACUGAACAGUUUGCUGAAGUGAGCAACAAUGCUGACCGUCUUAGUGCUGUUACCACUUCGUUUAAUGAUCAAGAACAAGAGUUACGCAAGCGUUCGAAGGAAGCUGGCGAGCGGGUGAGCAAGCUCCGUGAGCAGCUGAUCAAGUGCGAUGACAUGUCUGGUGAUAAUAACAAGAUCAUGGAACGUCUCCUGCAAUGCCGUGCCUUGCGUGGUGAACUCGAUAAUAGCGGCAACGAAAUUGACAAUAUCAAGCAAAAGGUCGAUGAGUUGCGUAAUCUCUAUCCCACUUUCAGUGAGUCCAUUAUACCCAAGGAGCUCAACAAUGUGGCUAAACGCUAUGAAAACGUUGAUCUUUACGCUAAGAAGAUUGAGAGUUCUCUUCUACAGUUCCUGAAGAAAUUCCACGCCGACAAGGUGGGCAUGCUGAAGCGCAUCGUUGCCACCCAACGUGAAAAGGUGGCCUGGUGUCAGCCAGAGUCAUCCAGUGACAAAUACAACCUGGAUGUGAAGAAGUCCUCGCUGCAGGAGGUGAGCAAGAGCAUUGAUGAUUGCAAGGCGCGACAUGCUGAGACUCUGAAGUCACUGGAGAUGCUAAAGGCUGUGGAAUCGCCACAAAAUCUGGCAGAACUCACCAACGACGCUGAACUGCUGCGCAAGGACAUGCAGGCCCUGCAGGAUAGCUUUGACAAAAUCAAGGGAAUCCUCGAUGAGAACGUAGACUUGUGGUCGCAGUAUGAACAAUCGAACGAGCAGAUAUCCAACUGGUUGCGAGACGUUGAAGGACGCGUUAAGGCGGAGACUAGCAGCCAAGUUAAUCUACCCGAAGUACCACAGAAGCUUCAGGAGCUGUCCAUUCUCCAACAGGAUGUGCUGGCUCAUGAGCCCAUAAUCAACAACCUUGAACAGACAUCCCAGCAGCUAAUUGAAAAGAAUCCAGAGGCAAGAAUUGGACAGUUUGUAACCCAUUUGGUGCAGCGUUACCAGGCCGUGGCUAAGGCACUAACUGGCUAUAUAGAUAAGAUUCGUAGUGCCCAGUUGUCGAAUGCCAACUUUGCCAAGGCAGCCAAGGACUUCAAUGAAUGGUUCGGAGAUGCCAAGAUCGAGUUCCAGGAAUUGGCCCGCAUGGGAUCACCUGGAUCUUCAUCAGCCACAGCUCAGCAACUGCAGACCGUUAAGAAUUACAUCAAGACCUUCGAUAAUGGCCAGGUUCUACUGAACAACGCCGUGGACAUUGGUGAGGCUCUCUAUCCGGUGGUUUCCCCUGAGAAUCGCGAACGUAUCCGUUCUGAUCUUCGCCAAAUGCGUGAGAAGUUCGACUAUCUGCGGGAUGAAGCGAAUGCUUUCAUGCAACAGGUUGAGGGUGUUUUAAUUCAGAAGACUUCCAUCGAAGAAAGCUAUACUCAGGUUUCGCACUACCUUAACGAGUCCAAGGCUAAGGUUCCUACCGGUGACGAACUGUACCCAACUUUGGCCACCAAAAAGGCUGGUCUUCAGAACUACAAGACCCAGCUGCAGGAGAUCACUCUCCACAAGAAUGCCCUGAAGCAGUUGCACGACAAGGCUGUUACCCUUUGCGAUGAUGAAUCGGAGAGGAAGACCGAUGAGUCUAUCCAAGAGUAUAAUACACUCUCCAAGAAGAUUUCCGAUAGGAUUACAACCGUGGGUAACCAUGUGGUUAAGCACGAGGCCUACGAUCAGGUUCUGGAGAAGGCACAAGACUGGCUUAAUACCAUUAAAUCUGAAGCCAUUGACAUUCUUAACGAGACCACAUUUGAGAAGGAGGGCGCAGAGGAGAAAUUGCUUGUGGUAGAAAAUCUUCUGCAACAUAAGUCCGAAGGUGAUUCCAUUUUCGAUACCUGUCAUAAGCUAUUGGAAACAGUGCUCACUCAAACCCAUCCUAGCGGCCAUCCAGCCCUGCUCAAGGGUUUCGAGGAACCGAAACAGUCUUGGGAGGACUUCAUGACUCUGUGUCAGGACUCGUUGGUGAAACUGAAGCAACUCUGCUCGAAAUGGGAUGAGUUUGACACAAUCAUUGAAGAGCUGGACAACUGGAUGAAGAACGUCGAGGCGGUUGUUAAGAACCAGAACCUUAAGAGUACCGCAGAGGCCAAGAACGCCCAUUUGAAGCAGCUCCAGGACAUUGCCAAGGAUAUUGAACGCCGUGGUGUGGCCAUCAAUGAGCUAAUGGAUCAAGGGCGUGAGAUCGAAGGUGAAACUGAUUUGAAUCUUAAGUUGUCUCGCUUGAAUACUCGCUAUCAGACUCUGAAAAAUCUGUGCAAGGAAUCGAUAGCCAAAUAUGUGAACUAUGUUAAGGAUCACGAAAGCUUCGAUAACGAUUUCGAUGCCUUUAAGCAGAGUCUCCAGUCUUCUGUGGAAGAGUUAGCUAAGGCCAAUGAAAUUGUGGGCGAUCAAAGCUUGCUGCAGGAUAAGCAGAAUAAGCUGCGUGAGAUGUCUGAUAAGCGCAUUUCCGAUUCCACUCUUUUCGAGGGACUCAUCGAUCGCGGAGAGAAACUCUAUGGUCACACCAGUCCGGAAGGUCGUGAAAUCAUCCGUCAGCAACUGCGUUCUCUGCGCACUCUGUGGGACAACUACACUGAUGACCUGAACUCUGCCACGCAGAAUAUUGAUCAAUCUCUGCUGCUAUUCAAUGAAUUCAGUAUUGCGCAGGAUCAGCUUACCAAGUGGCUGAAGGAUGUGGACAAGGCUAUGCAGAGCCACACCGAGCAGAAGACAACGCUGCAAGAGAAACGUGCUCAACUCCAGAACCACAAGCUGCUCCAUCAGGAAAUCACCACCCACAAUGUUGUUGUCGAUAAUGUCUGCGAUAAGGCACAAAUACUGGUCGAUCAGAUCAAGGAUAACUCGUUGAAUGUGUACCUCGCCUCGAUUAAGCAACUUUUCCAGAGCAUCGUCCAGAAGUCCGAUGUCAUCCUGCAUAACUUGGAGGAUUGCGUCCAGAAGCAUAAUGAACUGAACAAUGCAUUGUCCUCAGCCAAGACUUGGAUAUCCAAUGAGAAAGCCAAGCUCCUGGAGUGCGACGAUGCUUAUGGCGAGAAGGCCGACAUCAAGCGAAAGAUCGAAACUUUGGGUCAGUUGGCUCAGAACAAGCCACAGGCCUUGAAGUUGAUUGGUGAUAUUCGUGAUCUGUUUGAGAAGGUGAAGCCAUCGACCUCCGACAAGGGCAAGGAAGUCCUGGAGAAGGAGAUUGAGGAGCUGGAGACCACCAUGAAGAGUCAUUUUGAUGACAUCGAGGGCAUUGAAGGCAAACAGAAGGAUGUGCUAGCCCAGUGGGAUAAAUUUGAAAAGGCUUUGGAAGAACUUACCAAGUGGUGUCGCAAUGCUGAGGCUGUUUUCCGAGAGCAGCAGCUUAAGUCUACCCUCCACGAGAAGGUGGAGCAGCUGGAGAAGUACAAGAUCCAAAGGGAACUCAUUCUGCAAAAGGAGAAGGAGAUCGAUGCCUUUGGAGAUGCUGCCCAUGCCUUGCUUAACAACUGUGGAGCCGACCGUCUGAAGACGCUUACCACUCAGAUUACCAACCGGUAUCAGCUACUCCAGGUCCUUAGCAAGGAAGUGGUCAACCGCUGGUCCAAUCUCGUUGACGAUCACCAAUUCUACCAAGAUAAGUACAACGAGGUGGAUUUGUGGCUGCAGCAGAUUGAGGCCCAGAUGGAAAAGGUCCUUUUAGAUGAACCCGCUCAGAGCUCUAACAUUCUUCAAGUGCUGCUGUCGGAGAAGGAACAAGCAGAGAGCUUGUUUGCUGGCUUAAAUGCAGCUGGAGAAAAGGCUCUGCCAGAGACAUCGACUCAGGGUAGGGAGAAGAUUCGCAAGGACUUGCGUGAUAUUCGCGAUCGUUGGGAUAAGCUGGACGAGGGCAUUCGCAAUCUGGAAAAACGCCAGGAGGCCCAGGGUGUUCAGCUGUCUAGCUACCAGGACAUUCUAAAUCAAACAGUCAACUGGCUGGAUCAAGUGGAGAAACUUCUUCACAAUGAAAACCCAGCUAGCUGGACUAGUGCCCAGGAAAUCCGUUCUAAGCUGUACAAGUACAAGGCCACCAACCAGGACAUUAACUCCCAUAAACGCAUCGUCGAGGCAGUGAAUGAAAAGGCCGCUGCUCUUCUGGGAAGCGCUGCUCCUGCCAAUGCUGAUGAAAUCUCCAAGGCUAUUGCUGAGGUGAACAAGCGUUAUGAGCAAGUGGGUCAAGAUUGCGCCAAGUUAGUUGCGGAUCUUGAUGGAGCCUUCGAUGUGUACCAGCAGUUCAGCGAGCUGCAGAAGGCCCAACAGGACUACCAGAAGAAUCUCUGGGAUCGCCUUACCGGUUACUCUGACUACUCUGGAAAUAAAGCAGCUCUGCAAGCACGACUCCAAAAGAUUAACGAGAUUCAGGAUGCUUUGCCCGAGGGAGUGGCCAAACUAAAGUCCCUGGAGGAUCACAUUGAAAAAGAGGGUAGUAAUAUUCCCGCCCGUUCCAAGGAGGCAAUGGCCCGUGAUCUUGCCAACUUGAAUGUGGACUUUGAGAAGUUUGGUGUAUCUUUGAGUGACGUCAAGAGUGGCCUGGAGAAUCGUAUUCAGCAAUGGAAUGACUAUGAAGUCAACUUGGAUCGUCUUAUCAACUGGUUGGGUGAAGCCGAGAAUGCUCUGAAGAACUACAAUCUGAAAUCGUCGUUCGAGGAGAAGGAAGAGCAACUGAAUCGCUUCCAGUCCUUGGCCCAGAACUUACGUCAAAACGAAGCUGACUUUGACAAGAUGAAGGAUGAUACCUCAGAGCUGGUGCAAAGUUCUGGUGAGACCAGGAUUGCUGUAAAUGUUCAGCAGGUCUCUUCCAGAUUCCAAUCGAUUCAGGCAACCGCUAAGGAGAUUUUGAAGAAAUGCGAACAGGCUGUCCAGGAUCAUGGUCACUUCAAUGACAAGUACAAGCAGUGUGCCGACUGGUUGGCUAAUGCCCAGGCUCGUUACGAUGAUUGCUGUGAUUUGUCGACAGUGGCAUCUCGUGAUGAUCUUCUGAAGAAGCAAAUGGUUAUCCAGGAGCUUUUAGCUCAGCAGCCAACAGCAACUCAGCUUCUUAAUAGCACCGUUGAGCUGGGCGAGAAGUGCUAUGGAUCCACGGCAACCGAAGGACGCGAAGCUAUUCGCAGUCAGCUGGAUGAUCUGACAUUCGAUCAGUUGUUUGAUAACAUUGCUAUUACAGCAAGGAAGAUCCAGGAUAAGAUUGCCAAAUGGUCUGGCUUUGAUGAGAUUGCUGAUAGUCUGAAGAGUUGGUUGGAUCAAACGGAGAAUGCCCUUCCAGCUGAUAUUGAGUUAAAGACAACGCUGGAUGAGAAGCGCACUAAGCUGCAGACCUAUCGUGACAUUCUGAACGAUAUCAACAACCACCAGGUGGAGCUGGGUAAUCUUCAGGAAAUUGCAGCCAAUCUGCCCGAGAAGACAGAUGCUGUGGACCAAAUCCUUAAGGAGAUUUCUGAUCGGUUUGGCAAACUUCAAAAACGUGCCCAGAGCUACGUGGAGCGGUAUGAGAGCAUUGUGAGUGCCCAUCAACAGUACUCCAAGGCUGUGAUGGAUGCCCAAGAGUUUAUCGAUGCCACCCUGAAUACGGUUCACUAUUGGGGCGAUCUGGAUCUGGAACAGAUCUCACUGCACACGAAUCUCGAUCGCCUGAAGAAUCUUAAGGCCAGUUUGGCAGAUGAAUUCCCUCGAGUUGAUCAAGUGAGGGCUUUGGGCGAGAAGGUGAUUCCGGGUACAGUGGAUGUGGGUCAGGUAAACAUCAAGUCCCAGAUUGACAGCACCCAGCAGGAAUGGGAAUCUCUACUGACCACCAUCAGCUCAACCAUCGAGGCUAUUGAAGCGCGUCUACAACAUUGGUCCGAGUACGAACAGUUACGUGACCAAUGUCUGGCUUGGAUUCGUGAUACGGAUAACAACCUUCACGCCAUUGACCUUAAGGAGGAUUUGCCCAAAAAGCGUGCUCAGUUAGAUUCGCUAAAGGCUCUUCAAGGAGAUGUACGCGCCAAGGAAUUGGAGGUAGAUAAUGUUACGGAGAAGGCUCAAACCCUGCUGAAGGGUCCCACCAGCACACGAGCAUCGGGUCCCGAAUUGGUGACCAAGUACCAGCAGAUCUUCCACAAGGUCAAGGAGCUCAACAACCGUUGGCAGCAGUAUGUGACUUCUCAUGAAGAUUUCGACAAUGCCAUCUCUGAUUGCUCCUCGUGGAUCAAUGACAUCAAGGAGAAGUUAGACUACUGCUCCGAUAUGUCAUCUAUGAGUCCCAAAGAACUGGAUAAGAAACUGGCCACCAUUCAAGAUGUUAUCUUGUUAAAGGACGAAGGCUCAGCUCGAGUCUUAAAAAUUCUUGAGCAGGCUCAGCACGUGCUGGCUAACACCGCUCCUGGAGGUCAUGAGGCAAUCAAUAAAGAACUCACAGAUCUCCAGGACCUCUGGUCAGGCAUUGCUCUACGCAUCAUGGAUGUCAAAUCUAAUUUGGAUGACUCCAUCACCCAAUGGUCUGGUUUCCUGGAUCAAGUGCAAAAUGUACGCAAGUUCAAUGAGUGGCUGGAUGGUCUGGAAGAACUUAGUGAGCAUCAAACUACCAUGACAGAGAAGCGAGCUCAGUUAGAUCGGGUUAAGUCCACGGAGGAAAAGGUUCGCGUGGAGAAGAUCGAUGUGGAUGCACUCAAGAUUCAAGCCAAGGAGAUGAUUGCCAGCGGUCAACAAAGUCAGGCUGCCUUCCAAGCUCAGAAAGUUUUGGAUACUUUCGAUGAGCUCUUCGCUAAGACCCAGAAACUGCUGUCAGAUCGCCAGGAUCAGUACAGGGAUCAUCGAUUGUUCAAGGAGUCCUACGAUGACUUGGUAGGCUGGAUUGGACGUGCCCGCGAGAAGUUCCCUUCGCUGAAGCAAAGCAGCCUGAGCGAUAAAUUAGCCAUAGAAAAUGCUGUGCAGGCCACCGAAGCUCUGCUUAACAAGCAGGCUCAGGGUGAACUUCUGGUCGAGCAUCUGGUUCACACUGGUGAAGUGGUGCUGGCCAGUACCUCUCCUCAAGGUCAGGAGAUCAUCAGGAACGAUAUCCGUGCCCUGCGCGAUAGCUUUGAGGGAUUGUUCCGCGAGAUCAACCAACAGAAGGAGAACCUGGAAGUCACCAUGGUGCAGUGGCGUGCUUAUAAGGAGGAGUAUGAACGGCUAAUGGAAUGGUUGCAACAGAUCGAUAUCCUUGUGAAGAAUCACAAACUUAACCUGUGCCCCAGUCUGCCUGAAAAGGAGAAGCAGGUGGCUGACAUGAAGGAUGUUAUGUCCCGCCUAGAGAAAGGCAAGGAUGAUAUUGACAAGUUCAAUGCAUCGGCUGCCAGUCUGCUGAAGUCCCAUCUGGAUACUUAUGUCAAUAAUCAGCUCAGGCACUUGAGUUCCGUCUACCAAGUUCAGGUUAACCUGGCCAAGGAUGUUCUUAAGAAAGUUGAAACUAACCGCGAUCAGCAUCGUGAGUAUGAUGCCAAUAUAAAAUCUGCCAAGGAUUGGAUAGCCAAUGCCAAGGCCACGAUUCAAUCGGCAGGGGAAGGAGCUGGCUCUAAGGAGGCCCUGCAACGUCGUUUGGAGCAAAUACAGGACCUGAUCCGUAACCGUGAGGUUGGCCAAAAUCUGGUACACACCGCCAUCAACAAUGGCGAAAAGAUAAUCAGGAAUACUCGCUCUGAUGGACGUGAUGCUAUUAACACCGAGAUGAAGGAACUCCAGACUGAAUGGGAUCGUUUGGUUAAGAAAAUGUCCACUGCUAAGGUGCAACUGGAGACGAAUCUCUUGCAAUGGGCUGACUACAGUUCCAGCUACUCGCAGUUACAGCAAUGGAUUACCGAUAGGGAGGCCAAGUUGCAGCAGGCAUGUGAACAGAAGAUUGUCAAGUCGAAGCGUGGUCAACCUGGUCUCAGCAGUGGUUUGAGCGAGCGCAAGGCCAAUCUUCGCCAGACAAACAACAUUGUCCAGGAUAUUGUGUCCUUUGAACCAAUGAUUCAGUCGGUUACCUCUAAGGCAUCAGUUCUCCAGCAAGGUGCUCCGGGCACUGAGAUUUCGGAUAAGUACGAGAAUCUCACCAAACAAGCCAAGGAUCUGUAUGAAAAGCAGAAGAACACCAUCGAAAGCUAUCAGUCUUUGAUUGAUGCUGGUAAUGAGUUUGCUACCUGGCUGAGGAAUGCCAAGGAACGACUGAGCAGGUGCUCUGAACCCACCGGAGAUAAGCAAGCUUUGGCCGAGAAGACCCACCAGCUGAAGAUUCUGCAGGGUGAGCUGCCAGAAGGUGCCCAGAAACUGAAGAAUGCUCUGGAGCAGGGUGAGAUAGCUUGCCGCAGUGCCGAGCCCGAGGAUUGUGAAAUCAUCGAGCAGGAAGUGGCCCUUCUGCAAGAGGAGUUCGAUGCCUACAGGGAAGCCCUUAACAAGGCCAAGGAUUAUCUGGAAGUGGGCAUUGUUAAAUGGUCCGACUACCAGGAUCAGUACACCGAGGCUUUGGAGUGGUUAAGCAAGACCGAAGCUUUGGUGCAAUCCUACAACAAGUUGCAGGACAGUUUAAUCCAGAAGAAGGUGGUCCUGGAGCAGUUCCAGGGACACUUGCAGACUCUGUUCGACUGGCAGAAGACUCUAGAUGAUCUGAACAUGAAGGCCCAGGUUCUCCUGGAAACUUGCUCCGAUACAAGGAUCAGCAAUGCCAUCAUGCAGUUGACAACCAAAUACAAUGCUCUGCUGACCCUGGCCAAGGAGGUGAUGCGUCGUCUCGAAAUGCACUACCAGGAGCAUCAGCAACAUCACAGCCUGUAUGAGGAGUGUCAGUCUUGGAUUGAGAAGACUCGUGAGAAACUUUCGGAGUGUGAACAAAUUCCCGGAACUCUUAACGAAGUUCAAAUUAAGUUGAACACCGUGAAGAACCUACGUCAAGGGUUCGAAACUGGACAAAACAAGUUGCGUUACCUUUUGGAACUGAAGGAGAAGGUGAUCAUGAACACCGAACAAAAUGGAGCAGCUAAGAUCCAGGAAGAUACCGAAUCCCUCAAGCAGGACUUCGACAAACUCUUGGUGGAUCUGAAUGAUGUUCGUCAGAAAUUGGCCAAUCGCCUGGCCCAGCUGGAAGAGAUAUUCAAACUGUACAAGAUCUUGGUCGAAUGGCUGGAAGAUGUGGAGCCCAGUGUCAAGGCCAGUGAUGAGUUCUUGAAUGAUUUAAGUGAGAAACGGGCUGCGUUGGAGAAGUUCCGCGUCAUUCAGCGUGACAUCAAUGGACACAAUGAUAUUGUGGAAAAGAUCAACCAGCGUCUUAAGGAGGAUAACAGCUUGGAUCUGAACGACUUCCAGCCGGGUCUGGGCAAAUUUGAUGAGCUGCAGUCGCAGGUCAAUAAGAUCAUUGAGUCACUGGAGAACCAGGUGAACAGCCAUGAGAAAUACAAGCAGGCCUACAAUGAGCUGCAGGAUUGGCUGCGACGCACUCGCAUCGAAGUGGAGCAGUGUGCGGAUUGCCAUGGCGAGAAGGAUCAAGUGGAGAGUCGUCUGAAUCGAUUGGGAGAUAUACAAUCCUCCUCUCUUGAGGGUAAAUCGCUUCUUGAGGCCUGUGAAGAGCUAAGCCAGGCGGUGAUUGCCACCAGCGGAAGCGAGGGUCAGGACAAUGUGGCCCAGGAGAUCAAGCAUCUCACCUCGGAAUGGGAAACUCUUCAAUCCCUAUCCCGCGAUGCUCGCAGCGGCUUGGAAACCUGCUUGGCUGCUUGGCAGACCUUCUUGCAGAAGUUCAAUAAGAUCAAUCUUUGGAUCGAGACGAUGAGCAAGCGCGUUACCAAAUCCCAGGAAGGCGAGAACAAGACCCCCGAAGAUUUGGUUAAUGCCAAGAAACUGCUUGAGGAAGUGCUGGCCGAGAAGGAUAAUGUGGAGGAUCUGAACGAUAACUGUGAGCUGCUAAUGGAGCAGAGUGCCUGUACUCGCAUUCGGGAUCAGACUAUCGAAACUCAAGCCAACUAUACCAAGCUCUUGACCUCUGCUCAGGGAUUGGUGGCCAAGAUCGAGAAGAAUCUAUCAGAUCACACUGAAUUCCUGAACUACAAGAAGGAAAUGGACGCUUGGAUAGAAAAGGCUCAACAGGUGCUUGAUGACUGUUCCACAGAUGGUGAUGCCGCCAUCAUUGCCCAGAAAUUGGACACCGUCAAUUCUUUGGCUUCGCGUUUGCCCGAGGGUCAGCAUCUGUUGGCUUUGGUGCAGGAUGCCUAUUCCAAGGCCUCCAACAUCACUCCGGAAGAUAAGCAAGAGAAGCUGCGUGAGUUGAUGACCAAGGUCCGUGAGGACUGGGAUGCCCUGGGUCUGGCAGUCAAGCAGAAGUUGACCGACCUUAAGCAGGCCCAAAACCGUUGGAACGAUUUUGCUGCCAACAAGGAUAAGCUUGAGAAAUGGCUGACUGAGACAGAGAAGACCCUUAAGGUGGCACCGGAAACCAAGGGUGAACUGAGCGAGAUGAAGACACUCCUGGAGCGCUACAAGACCCUGUCAAAUGAACUGAAACAGAAGGGUAACGACCUGGAGCAGCUGCAGUCCGAGGCUCGUGAAUUGGGCACCGAAGUGGAUGCAGUGAAUCGUUUGCAAUCCCGCUGUGAUAAGCUCAAAAACGAUUGCUUAGCUCAUAUUGCGGCUUUGGAACAGGAGAUUUUCGAUUAUAACGCCUACCACCAAAGUCUGCAGGAUGUGGAGAAGUGGCUGCUGCAGAUUUCCUUCCAGCUGAUGGCCCACAAUUCCCUUUUCAUCUCGAAUCGCGAACAAACCCAGGAACAGAUCAAACAGCACGAGUCCUUGUUGGGUGAAAUUCAAAAGUAUCAGACUAACUUGGAUGACUUGAAUGCUAAGGGUCAGGCCCAGAUUAAGCGCUACGAGACCUCAACUCCUGCCAUUCGUCCUACUGUCGAGUCCCAGCUAAAGAAUAUCCAGGAUAGCUAUAACUCUCUUCUGCAAACUUCAGUCCAAAUUAAGAACCGUCUGCUGGAAUCGCUGGCUAAGUUCCAGGAAUACGAAGACACUUUGGAUAGCAUAAUGCGUAAUCUGGAGACAUAUGAGCCGAUAAUUCAAACCGAACUGGAUGCUCCAGCCACUAGUCUGGAGUUGGCUCAAAACCAAUUGAGAUGUGCCCAGGAAAUGCAGAAUAAAUUGAACAAUGAAAAGUCCCGAUUGGCAGCUGCUGUGCAGGCUUGUGAGGCAGCCACUGCCUCCAUUAGUCGUCCCAGCUCUCCGCUGGAAACCGCCAUGCAGGCUAUUCCCGAAAGGGAACUCAUUGUGCGCGCCAAGCUGGAAGAUCUGCUGGAUCAGAAACCGCCGCCAAAGACUCGGAGCUCAACCGAAGGUGUCAACAAAGAUGAUGAUGAAGACGAGGAUGAUGUUGAGAUUCGGGUUGAGCUCAGCGAUGUGAAUGAGGCGCUUAUGGAUCCGAUUGCCCAUGAGCGUGUUAGCAACUAUCGUAGGAUAGUCCGCUUGAAUAGCGCUCAUGUGGGCAAGCUGAAUGAAUUAGUUGCUAAGGUGCAAUCCCACUUGGGUGGUUUGACUGCAUCCGUUAGUGAGCUAGAGCAACAGCAGAAGCAGCGCGCCGAGCUGCAGGAUUGGGUUAAGAAGCAACAGAGCUCCGUCUCAGAUUGGAUGAUGCGUCCUAGCAAACUUCGCCCUGAGGCUGCCCAACAGGAGCUGGCUUCCAUGAAUGAUUUGCUGAACUCCAUCGGUGACAAGCGAUCGCAGUUGAUGUUGGAAAUGACAGGAUCAUUGGCCGAUGAGGACACCGAUCUGGAUGACAACAUUGACAAGUUGGAGUCGGAACUUAUGGAUGCCAUUGCCAAGAAGCAAGCUGGCCAGAAUGUAAUCGAUGGCUAUCGCCAGGGUAUGGCAGAUGUCCAGAACUGGUUUGAUACCCUGAUCAAACGCAUGGACGUUCUGGAUCGUGGUUCUGGUCUGAACUGUGCCCAGAAAACGGCGGCCAUUAAUGAGAUCAAGAGCGAAUAUGAGCUGCAAGGACAUCCGAAGAUUCAGGAACUGAAGGGCAAGGCCGCCCAGGUGGCGGAGGUUAUAAGCAACCUGGAUGGUCAACAAGUUGAGGAGCAAAUGAAGUCUCUGGAUCGUCGUUUUGCCGAUCUUGGCAAGCGCAUCGAUCGUAAGGCUCAGUUGCUGGAUGUAACCAACAAGGGCGUAGAGGGAGCCAAGGGCGAGAUUGACCAGCUCCAGAACUGGGUCAAGCAGCAGAUUGAGGAGCUGCAGGCACCCACUCCUUUGGGCUUCACACCCAAGGAUGCCGAGGCGCGUCAGCAGAAGAUCAAGAGCCUGAUGAAGGAUGCCGAGGCUAAGCAAUCGCUGGCCGAUGUUCUGGAGAAGCGCGUCGCUAAUAUGCAGCAGGAGUUGGAACCCGUAGAGUAUUCCCAACUGGAAUCCGCUUUGCGUAAUCUCAACUCUGAGAAUCGCAAUUUAUCUGGAGUCCUUAAGGCAGAAUUGGACCGUGCUCUGGAGGCCAGCAAGGCUCGUAAAUCCCUGGAGAACGAUCUGGACAAGGCUCGUCAAUGGCUGAAGACCAAAAUCUCCGAAGUGCGUAAGUUGCCGGUGUAUCACCCACUAACCUCCACUGAGAUCGAGAAGAAGAUCCAGGAAAACAGGAAAUACGAUGACGAUGCCAAGCAGUUCAAUGACAGCGUUUUGACUGAUGUUCAGCGUCAAGCUGCCAACAUCAUGAAAGACUGUGAUGAUGCCGAUAAGGCUGCACUCCAGCAGAUCCUGGAUGAAAUCGCUGCCGAUUAUCAAACUUUGAAGGAUGAGAGCAGUAAGAGAGGAAAGUCGCUGGAUGAUCUCCUGCAAGGUCGCAAGGCUUUCGAGGAUUCGAUGAAGAACAUGGGCGAUUGGUUGAACGAAAUGGAAACAGCCACUGAGGGUGAUCUGCGUACCACCAGCCUUCCUGUACUGGAAGAGCAGUUGGCCCACUACAAGAAGCUCCUAACUGAUGCCGAGAAUAAGGGAGGUCUGAUCAACGAUGUUUCCGAGCAAGGAAAGAGCAUCUUGCCCACAUUGAGCAAUGCCGAUAAACUAAAACUCAAUGACGAUAUCAAGAACAUGAAGGAUCGUUAUGGCAGGAUCAAGAAUACCAUUGAUGAUCGCGUGAAUGCCUUGGGAGAUCACAUCAAGAAGUACAAGGAUGCCAAGAGCAGGCUGGCCGAUUGCAGUCAGUUCUUGGGUACCAUUCAGCAGAAGCUCAGGGAACUCAAUCGCCCGAUUGGUUCCAGGAUCGAAGAUGUCCAGGAUUUGUUGGGUGCCUAUGAGGGAAUCCUUAAGGAACUCAAGGACAGCAAGAGCAAGAUGGGCGAUAUGCAAAUGGACGAUUUGCCAGAGCUGCAGAGUAUACUGGCGCAGCAGGAUGAUAUGAUUAAGCUGAUUGAAGACCAGUUGGCCCAUCUCCGUCAGCUUCUUCUGCUCCGCGAGCAGUUUAUUGCCUUGAUCAACGAGAUUAUUGGCUUUAUAAUGAAGUACACCGAUGUUAUCAUUGAUAUUGAAAACUCACCAGACAGCUUGGAGGAUAAGAUCAACAAGUACGAUGAUGUCAUUGUAAAGAUCCAGGAGUGCGAAGGUGUCUUGGCCUCGGCCAACGAUAAGGGUCAAAAGAUCGCCUCCGAGGGCAAUGCUGCAGACAAGAACAGCAUUACCGAGCAACUGCAAUCCCUGAAGAAUCAACUCCAGAAUCUCCGCAAGGCAGUGGAAUCCCAGCGCCAGAAGCAUCAACUGCAACUGGAGUCGCACAAGAAGAUGGCUGCCGAGCUGAGUGAAAUCCUUGACUGGUUGCACAGCCACGAGGGAGCGGCCAAGUCGCGUCCUCUACUGGACCGGGAUCCCGAAUCCGUGGAGCGUGAGCUGCAAAAGCACCAAGGACUCAGCCAGGACAUUGAAUCCUAUCUUAAUAAAUUCAACAAAAUCAAUGAUGGCGUCAAGACCGAAAUUGGCAUGCCAAGUUCCUUGUUGGAGAUGCUUUCCGAGGGCCGUUCUCUGGUGGCUUCCUUGCCCCAUGAACUUGAGGAGCGUGAAAAGUAUUUGAAGAACAACCGCGACUCACGUUUGGAGUACAUGCAGUUAGUGGGCAAGUUCAAUGACUGGGUCCACGAAGCCGAACUGCGUCUGCAGAACAGCCAGCAUGGCAUUGACUAUGAGCAUUUGGUCCAGGAUCUCGAUGAACACAAGAUCUUCUUUGGCAAUGAGGCUCCCAUCCGUAAUCUGGUGCACAAGCAAAUCCAAGAGGCUGCCGACAAGAUUUGGUCUUCGCUGAACAACUAUGAACAGUCAGAGCUUUCCGCAGAGUUAGCUCAGUUCCAAACGAAGUUGACCAAUACUUUAGCCAAUGCCAAGACCCAGCAGAGUGAAUUGGAGAAGGAGGCCGAACGCUGGCGAGAGUAUCAGCAGUCCAUUGAUCGUGUCAAGGCCACCAUUGAACGUACCAAGUUCAGUGAUGAGCCUGUUCAGAAUCUGGCUGGACUUCACUUUAAUAUUCAGAAGCUGUCCCAUGCUAUAGGAAAUGUUCAGAGCCAAAAUAGCGAUUUAACGCUAGUCAAUCAGCAGGCCCAAUCACUUAUACGGCAGGCCGACGCCCGCAAUCGUCAGCUGAUCGAGCAGGAUAACGCUGCGCUAAAUAGAUCUUGGCAGGAUCUGGUACGUAGCCUGGAACAGCGCCGUGACAAUCUGCAACAGUUGGCCGAACAUUGGGACGGCUUCGAAAAUAGCCUGCACGCCUGGGAGAAGGCACUUGGUCGACUUGAGGAUAAGUUCCGCAAUGUCGAUCCGACUGUAAGAUCCCGACGUCAUUUGGAAGAUACGAAGAAUGCCAUUCAGGAAUUACGUGAAGAAUCAAAUCAACUUAAAUCAUCACAUAAAGAAAUCGAGGCGCUCUCUAAAUCCAUCCUCACAUUCCUUGGGGAAGUACACAAACCCUCGGCGGAGGCCAUACAGGCCAAAGUGGAUAAGUUAGUCGAACAGCAGGCCAAAUUGAACGACACUCUGCGCGAUAAGGAGCAGCAGGUUAGCAAGGAUCUCGAGGAGAUCGAACAAGUCUUCCGUCGCAUUUCGCAACUGCAGGAUAAGCUUAACGCCCUUCACGAUCAACUCCAAUCGGUUCACGUCUACGACGAGCACAUAGCCCAAACGGAACAGCUUCUGAUCACUUUGAAUAGCCAGGUACAGCAGGCAGCCGAGGAGAGCAAAUCGCUGGUGGCCCAGACAACGGCCCAAUACCAGGCCAAACAAAACCAGCUGCCCAGCGACAUUGCCCAGGAGUUCACAGCCCUUGAGCUACUUGCCGAACGUGUCCAAGUGACAAUGGAGACCAAAGAGAAGGAUUUCAAGCGGGCCAAGACCGUACGCACCGAAUAUGUGGCCGGUGUGGAUGAGAUUCAGCGUUGGCUGCUUCAGGCCGAGGUGCAGGUGCAGGAACGAAGCCUCACACCCACACAGAUGAAGGAGCUGCUGCAGCGCAUCAAUCACGAAAUCACCGCCAUCUACGAACGCUUCACCCUGGUCAAGACCAAUGGUCAGCUGAUCAUCGAAAAUUGUCGCAACAGCGAGGAGAAGACGCUGGUGCAGACGACCAUCGAUCAGUUGGCCGCAUCCCUGGCCCAAGUUCGUGCUUGGCUGGAUGAGAAGAAGCAGGCGGUGGGUGAUAGCUUGGACGCGUGGACGAGGUUCAUGAACCUCUACCAGAUCGUGAUGUCGUGGGCUGCGGAGAAGCGCACCUUCAUCGAUCAGACGAUUGAGCUGCAUACCCUGCCCGAGGCACGCAACAAACUGAAUGACUAUGUGACGGCUGUGAAGAGUAUUAAACCGAUUGUGAAGCAUCUAAGCGAAAUGGAUAAGGAACUGGAGCAUAUUGGCCAAGUGACGACUGUGGGCGAUCUCAAGGACAAACUGCAGGAGGCCGAGGAUGCGAAGAUAUCCGUGGAAGCGGUGCUGCUAGAGAGGAACUCCCUACUGCAAGAGGCCUGCGAGGAAUGGGACCAAUGUGAACGCAAGAUUAAGGAUAUACGCUCGUGGCAGGAGAAGACGAAGCAGAGUUUGGACUCCUCGCAGCAGCAGAAGAAACCGCUGCGCGAUCAGCUUGGAUUCUGUGAGAAGACCCUGGCCGAUAUUAAUGUGCAGAAAACGAAACUUAGACUGUCUAUUGAGAAACUGGAGGUUCAUUUCCGCAAUGGCAUGGGCGGUGAUCCGCGCCUGAGCGAGAAUGUUGAUGAUCUGGUACGCGUGCUUGACGGCCUUGGCGAAUUGGUUAAGACCAAGUCGCAGAGCCUCGAGCAGACGCUAGCCCAGAUCGAUGUUUACCAGCAGCAGAUGCAGACCCUGCGCCAGCGCAUCAUCCAGGAGGAGCAACAGCUCCGCCUGGUGAUGGCGCCCACGUACUUGCCGCACGAUCGCGAGCGAGCAUUAGCCGAGCAACAGGCAUGCCGGGAACGUGUCAAAAAUCUGCAUUCGAAAAUAACUGCACGUAAUGAGCGCAUCAAGUUGUUAAUACAUCGCGGCACGCCGGACGAUGCCAAGCUAGAGAUUUAGGAUGCCGUGUACCCUUAACCAUAAGCUAAAGCCAAUCUAGGACUAGAUCAAAGCCAAUGCAGCCGUUUACCCUUCGCUGCCGAUCUCCUUCUCCCAGGAACGGUGGCCUAAGGUCAAACUGUCAACUGCCGUCACUAAUCUAAUCAAAAUGAAAACAUGACCCAUGUUUAAGAAUUUAUAAUUAUAUUUAUAAUAUUUUAAAGAAUAAAUUAAAUUAUGCAAUUAUAUUUUUAAAACGCAACAAGCCCCUUUUUUCGAGUAUAAUUUAUGAGGGAGUUUAGGUUUUUUAGGUCUUAGGAGGUAGCAUAGCUUCCCCCCUUUUGAAAUCCCCUGCAAUCAUAUCAAUGCUAACGUUUUUGGCAAAUCUUCCCCCUAUCUCUCCCACUCUCUCUCUAUAUAUAUAUCACUCACUCUGAUACGUGUGAUGAUGAU